AUUUAUGUUUACCCAUUAUUUAGUUGUAAACAAACACCAGAAGCAGCACCCUGCGCUGGAAAUGUUAAUUUUGCUACUGUUUUCGGCCGUUUUCAUCGUGGAAACUGCCCAAAUUACCAAGGACAAGGAUGCGGCCGUGUCGAACCAAUCGUCCACGUUCAACCCACUCAGCCCGCUGGUAAAAUGUUCGUUCCUGCCGCUCGAAUUUAUGGACUGCGACGAGCCGAUCAAUCUGAAGGGAAACCGUACGGCCCGAGACGCGGGCGCUAACGGGUGCGUAAAGUUUGGCGGUGUCUACUACGACGAGGUGGAGGUGACGAAGGUCAACUGUAUCGUGUUUGAAAAUAUUGAAUGUUACGGAGCGCGCGAGUUUCUGCGCGACGGAUUCCCGUGCGUCAAGUACACGGACCACUACUUCGUCACGACGCUGCUGUACAGCAUUUUGCUCGGAUUUCUCGGCAUGGAUCGGUUCUGCCUUGGGCAGACGGGUACGGCCGUCGGAAAGCUGCUGACGCUCGGCGGUGUCGGCAUCUGGUGGAUCGUGGACAUUGUGCUGCUGAUCACGAACAACUUGCUGCCGGAGGAUGGUAGCAACUGGAAUACGAAGGUGUGAAGGCAUGCGCGAGGGAAAGGCACGGUUCACAGACGAUGCCAUAUCGGUACCGUCGGUUCGGAUAUUCCGGAUAUUCCCGAUUCCGGGUGAGAGCUAGCGCAAUAAGGAACAGCGGUACAAAGGGUUGAGACAUUUUUGUUUUUUGUUUUUUUUUUCAUUAGCAUUAGCAAGUAAAGGUUUACAAAAUACAGGACAAGGGUAAAGUUUUCUACCGAAACAAAGAGUCGGCUUUCAAGGGAAAUAAAUAGAGAGUUCUAUACACCGUACCACUAAAACUGUUUAAAACAAAACGUAAGAAAGGUACACAAACCCUGACCACGAUUAGAACUUUGCGCCCUACUUUCCUAUCGAUAGAGUCCGAUUGCUGGGAAACUUAAGGACUAAGAAUUAAACACAUUAAUUGCACGUAUCAAUAAAAUCAGUAAGGGCUGUGCCGUUCGAUGAAAAUGCGCCAAACAUUGCAAAUCAACGUGUGCUUAAAUCACUUGUUGCACUCAAAACGCAAACAACUAAAAACAAUACUGGGUACAGAGGGUGUGCUGUGUAAAGCUAAUUAUCAAAAUUAAGUCAAUAAAACGUUAAGAUCUUUAAAGGAAAAUGCAAAAAGGAUUGUGUCCGUAUGUCCGGAGGCAAACUGCUGUGGCUGUGAAAUUCAACCUCAAAGCUCGUGCGUGACCCUACUAAACACUAAUUGCACCGUGAUUGCUUUGUACUUUCGUUAGGGUGGUGGGAUGAUGAUGAAAAUGAAACUAUUGUUCUGCUUGAAGGGAACGAGGUGUGAGGCAGUUUUAAGGGGGAUCUCGCACUGCUAGUGAGGCAACAUUCCUAACUACUAACUUCUAAACCGAGCGCGUCACAUGUACCGCAAUUACCGAGAAAGGGUGCAGAAAGUAAAACAUCUUAAAUAGUAGUGUGUCCCUUAUUUACAUACCACUCAGCUGUUUCAGCCUGUGGGUCAGUAGUUAACGCUACAAUUAAGCUAAAUCGUACUUUACAAUAAAACUAUUAAACCUGUA